ACUUCACAAAAAUCGAAAGCCACAUCCCUAUUAUCUUUAUCAAAAGCCUCACUUUAUUUCUCGUCAGUUUUUCGAAUCUGUUAUACGCGCAGAUACGAUAGAGUAAUCUUGGGGCUUCCCACGCCACUGUCACAACAAACAAACGCAAAAAUUAAAACGGGAAAAAGAUGGGCUUCUGAUUGAUCCUGCGAAUAGAUAAGUUUACGGAGCAAAAACCAUGGGAGACCUAGGGGAAGUUCUGUGUUGGGGGUUUAUUUGCCGAUUAUGCUCAAAGAUGCAUCGGGAUGUAAUGUUCAUAACCGAUGGUAGUGAUAGUGAUUUGAUGGAUAGAAUCAACGCCUACUUACCCGUCUCGAUUACUCCGACGGAUCCAUUGCCCAAGACUAUAUGUGGAUCGUGCAAUCAGAAGAUCAAACAGCACCAUCAACUGAUGGAACAGAUUCAGAGAGUACAGCAACGGUUUCAGGAGAUGCGCGAUGAAGAGCUGGCCAAGAUGAAGGCUGCAGAGGAAAAAAAUGGCCCACAGCCAUCGACAUCAGCGAUGAACAACGAAGCAGGGCCAAGUUGCUCAAAGAUCCGGCCUGCCAUCGAUCAGGGACUGAAUGAAAAACCGCCCAAGCGGCCCCGAUUACCAACUGAUAAUGACACACAAGGUGCUGGUUCUUCAGCGAUACCUUCAACAGCAUCAACAGCAACAGUAACAGCAACCGCCAGACCCAGUAUCGCAGACUGUAAUGUAUUUUUGCUCAAUGACGAUCAGCCCGGCCCAAGCCGACCUCGAGCUAGCCGAGCCACCACCGCCACCCCCACUACCACCAACAGUGCUAAUAUCAGCGGCAGUCCUAAUGACUGCGGCGAAUCUUCUGGAAUUCCAUUUAAGCAACACCGCCCUGUGCUCGCAGCACCCACACCAAAUACAGAUGAUAGUGAUUAGCCUGACGCGGCUACGA